AUGCUCAAGUUCAUCCCCAUCCUCUUUCUCUCCGUCCUCCUCCUCACCUUCACCACACCCACCACCGCCCUCGAAGGCAGCACCAUCUGCGAGACCAGCUGGGGCUCCCCACUCGCCUCCGAUCUAACCUUCCUCGCCGGCGACUUCGAAAACCGUGUCAUCCCCGGCGGCCGCGGCCCCUGCUUCCAACUCAACGAUAGUACCAACGGCCGUCCCGGAUGCACCGGAUGCUGGGGUUUGGGCCGUGGCUCUCUCCACGUAUCAAUCUGUGGAGCCAAGGGCGCUUUGGUCAACUUCAUAGAUAUCGCGGCGGCUCUUAGGAGACUUGAGCUCGUGUGCACCAAAACCCUUGGUGGUAAUAGGAGGACUGGGGGGAAGUGGAGGGUUAAGGGAGGGCACUUUGAGAUUCUUGCGCAUGUCUAA